AUGAUUCUCUCAACCUGCGCCUCAUCAUCUACCUCUCCUUUCCAACAGCUAGAGCUUUUAGCACCUCAAGCUCACCCACUUCGGUCCCCCGACUUCCCCUCUAAUCUCAUUUCAAAAACAAUAAGAAACCGCCCAGCAGAAUCAGAUUCCGGGAAUCUCCUCCGGCGCUUCUCUUGCAAAUACGCGUUUGGCCCUGAUUCCGGCAGUUGGGUCCCUGAAGUUCUUAGCCGGGAAGAAGCCGAUGCCCCGCGUUUCUGCUUCACGCAGCCCGCGAAUCAGUUCGUGAACUCCGUUCUGCUGGGACUUUGGCUUCAAUCAUGUCGUACAGUAGAAGAAGUCAAGACGGUACACGCUGUUUCCUUCAGAUGUUCGAGGAGUUCCUUCGUGUACGUAAACAACAAUUUGAUAACAGCCUACGCGAAAUUGGGCGGGCUGGAUCAUGCGCGCCAGACGUUCGAUGAAAUGCCGCAGAGGAACGUAGUUAGCUGGACGGCAAUGAUUGAUGGGUACGUCAAUGCCGGCUUGGACGACGAAGCGUUGGGCUUGCUGAUCAAGUGCAUAGAGAAUGGAACCAGAGCCAACGGCAAGACCUUCGUUUGCGGGCUGAAUCUGUGCAUUCGGAGGUUGGAUUUCGAUCUGGGUAGGCAAGUUCAUGCUAGCAUCUUGAAGGGCAAUUGGAGGAACUUGAUCGUGGAUAGCGCCAUUGUCCAUUUCUAUGCCAAAUUGGGUGACAUGGAUUCUGCUUUUGCCGCAUUCGAGGGGAUGGUGGAUCGAGAUGUGGUCUGUUGGACGACGAUGAUUGCAGCUUGCUCGCAGCGAGGGCAUGGAACGGAGGCUUUCGUGCUGCUGUCGCGAAUGCUGAAGAGCGGAUUGUCGCCCAACGAGUUCACUGUAUGUAGUGUUCUAAAGGCUUGUGGGGAGGAAAGAACACUGAAGCUCGGGAGGCAGUUACACGGUGCCAUCGUGAAGAAAAUGUGGCAGGACGACGUCUAUACAGGAUCGUCCCUGGUCGAUAUGUAUGCAAAAUGUGGGGAGAUCUUGGAUUCCAGUAAAGUAUUCAGUGCAAUGAGGAGGAAGAACACGGUUAGUUGGACCGCCAUCAUUGCUGGGUAUGCGAGGGAAGGGCUCGGCGAGGAAGCCAUAAGCCUGUUUCGACUGAUGCAGAGGCGUAAUGUAGGUACAAACAACCUAACCACUGUCAGCAUUCUCAAAGCCUGCGGUUCGAUUGGUGCCUUGAUGACAGGGAAAGAAGUUCAUGCCCGAAUCAUCAAGGACUCGUUCCAAUCGAACGAGUACAUCGGAAGCAGCCUCGUGUGGUUCUACUGCAGGUGUGGCGACUGGCACGCAGCGUCGGAGGUCUUCCAGCAAAUGUCCCUCCACAGCGUUGUUUCCUGGACCGCCAUGAUCUCAGGUUUCGCCGAUCUGGGCCACGAGGCCGAGGCUCUGGAGCUGCUGAAGGAGAUGAUGGAGGCAGGCGUGGAGCCGAAUUCGUUCACUUACUCGUCGGCCCUGAAGGCAUGUGCGGGGCUGGAAGCUGUUCUGCAGGGGAGAUCGAUACAUUCUUUUGCCAACAAGAGCCAGGGGAUGCACAACGUGUAUGUGGCCACUGCGUUGGUUCAUAUGUAUGCCAAGUGUGGGUACUUGCCGGACGCGAUUCAGGUGUUCGAUGGAAUGCCCGAGCGGAAUCUGGUCUCGUGGAAGUCGAUGAUCACGGGUUAUACUGAGAACGGCCUCUUCGAACAGGCGCUGAGGCUCAUGUACAGGAUGGAGGAGGAAGGUCUCGAUGUGGAUGGUUAUGUUUCUGCAAAUGUGUUUGGUGCACUUGGAGAGCAAAGAAAUGUGGGGAAGAGAAAGUGGGAUUGA